AUGGGCAAAUAUUUUCUUUUGUCAGUUUUGCUGGAUACAUGGAAUAAAACUUCCUUAUAAGUUACGAAAACGUAUGGUAUUUUCGUAACUCUAAGGAACAUUUCAUAAUGUUUUUCGUGAAAAGUAUAGAUUUCGUAUUUUUUUCCGCCUAGAAGCUAUUCAAACCAACCAAUUUGAAACCAACGUUUUUUUAAUAAAAUAAAAACUGGACGUCAUACAGUUGACCACGCACAUUAUCGCGGGAGACUGUACAAGUCGAUACACCAUCAUAACUUGUGUAACUGAACCGAGGACUGCAAACGUAAGGAGCCAACAAUAGAAAAUAACGUAAAGUAAAAAAGCAUUCUUAUCGAUUCAUUGUUAAGAACCAGGUGCAGUCCACUGAUGUAUCCCAAUGGCGUUAGUCGUGUAUUUUCUUAUGCUACAAGCUGUUACUACCACGGCUAGGAACUGUGGAAAAGCGAAGGCGCCUUUCGAGCUCGGAGAAUGGAACGGACACCUGCAACAUCUCGACGCGGCGACCAUAGAAAACAACCCAGUCUCAGUCGCAGAGGGACAAUUCUACGUGUACGAAAACACGUUCCCGAGACACACAAUAAAAUAUAUUCACGUCGAUAAUGUGGCUCAGAAAACGUGCGGAGCCUCGGCCAGUUUGAAACGGGGUGGCAUUGACGCGUCAGCAGUACUGCUCAUUCUACAUGCGGAGUCUAACCAGGAAAUACGUUCUGUUAUAGACGUAUGGGGCGUGCCAAAGUUGGUCCCGCGUAAGAGAGAGAUGAAGCCACUGGAAAGAGAGGGAGACUUGAAGAAUAUGCAGUCUAAAUAUCUGUUCAUGAAGGCGCGAGCGCUCAACCAUAAUACUUGGAGUGAUUCGCCUUCAGACUCUGAGUAAAAAACCGGUGAUGUGCGAGUGGGACUCGCCCACGGGUUCCGUAAAUUUAACUUUUUUUAUUUAUAUCAUUAUUUAUUUUUUACACAUUUAUAGUUUUCAGAUCAUUCCCUGUAGGUACUUGUAGUGUGUCCUUCUUAUUCAUAAAACUUUACGGGCCUGAUUUAGUCAAAUUAUGUUUUAUCCCUUUCUUACAAAUACAUAAGUCAAAAUGACAGAUUAAGACAAACGAUUCAUAGUUAAUUCAGGCCAGUAAC